AGAGAGAGAGAGAGAGAGAGACACCAAGAAUGGGUAAGGUAGCUACUGCAGAGACGGAGAAGAGAAAGAAGAAGCAAAGGGGAGGUCCUUCUCUCUCAGACCUACAAAAACCAUCUCUCAAUCAACCACGAAACCCUAAUUCUGAAAACACCCAAACACGUCGAUCUAGCCGUCUGAACCCUAACUCCGACGCUCUCUCUCCUGCAACGGAAUUUGUCGGUAACGACGACGACGAUGAGAGGAAAGAGAAAAAAGUCAAACUCGUCGUUCGUUUACCCCAAUCGAAGCAACAUUUUCCUCGUUCUUCUUCUAUGGAAUCUGGUUCAAAUUCGGACGCCGAUGGCGAGAAUUCCGAGGCUUCGAACAACAAACGAAAGAUCGAUACCGUUAAUGACAGAUCUGACGACGUCGAUGCUUAUCAGGUUUCUGUGUCUUGGACCCUUCAGUAG